AAAGGGGAAAGUACUAAGAAGGUGUUGACAAUAGCUGAAUAUGUAGUAUCAAAGACACGAGUUGCUAUGAUAAUUAUAGAGGAUAAACAUUCGAAGAACAUUAAAUCAGCUUCUUGUUUAGGGGAAGCACAAAUUCUUACUGAAAAAUUUACUAGAUUCGACGAUGACCAAGGAAAAUGGGUUGAAUACGGUCUCGACCUCGCAGAACCAGACGGUAGACGGGCAGUUCUUAUGUCAUUGGCAAGAAUUCAACAACUUCGUUUACAACCCACCUCUUCUUCCACCUAA